CUCGCAACUUCCGUUUCCUGACCGGGUGUCCGUCCAUUCGGCGGCGGUUGGGAGUGGGCUGCGUUUGCGUCAGCUGCUGGGAAGAAGCGCGCGGGGCGAUGGUGCUGCUGGAGAGCGAGCAGUUCUUGACAGAGCUGACCAGGCUUUUUCAGAAAUGCAGGACCACAGGCAGUGUCUAUAUAACAUUAAAAAAAUACGAUGGUCGGACAAGACCAAUUCCACGGAAGGGCCAUCUUGAGACUUUUGAGCCUGUAGACAACAAAUGUCUUCUUAGAGCCACAGAUGGGAAGAAAAAAAUAAGCACAGUGGUGAGUUCAAGGGAAGUUAACAAAUUCCAGAUGGCAUAUUCAAAUUUGAUUAGAGCCAAUAUGGAUGGUUUAAAGAAGAAAGACAAGAAAAGCAAAAACAAGAAAAGUAAAGCAACACAAUGAUAUAAAAAACAUUUCUCCAAAGAAUGGACCCAUGUUUUAUCCCACAUUUUUUCUUUAUGUAACCACUUUUGACUUCAUUUCCAGGUAGUAACUGAAUAAUAAGGUUCUUAUAGAGACAAUGCUCUCAGGAUUGUGAUACACAAAAAUAAAUCUAAUGCAUAAAUUUG